CGGUGCAGCUGGCGGGGGGCGCCGGCCGCCCGCCAUAAAGUGAAUGGCCAGGGUGAAUGGGAGGCAGUCGGCCGGCGCCCUCCACCUCCGCCCUCCCCGUGAGCCGCGGGCCGGCAGCGAGGCGCACGGUGACCGGAGAGCCGGGGGGAUUUACUUUCUGACAGCGGCAGAGCAGCCCGGGCCGCGGGGCAGGGGCCAGCUUCGCCCCGCUCGCAGGAUUAAGGCCGCCCAGCCGAGCCCGCAUCUGGAGCCGCUAUUCCUCCACCACCCAUCGCUGCCCCAUGGAUUUCAACCUGCUGGCAGACGCGGAGGCUCGCAGCCCAGCCUUGUCUCUCUCGGACUCUGGGACCCCUCAACACGAGCACAGCUGCAAAGGGCAGGACCACAGCGACACCGAGAAGUCCCAGCAGAACCAGACGGACGACUCCAACCCUGAAGACGGCUCGCUCAAGAAGAAGCAGCGGAGGCAGAGGACGCACUUCACCAGCCAGCAGCUCCAGGAGCUGGAAGCCACUUUCCAGAGAAACCGUUACCCAGACAUGAGCACCAGGGAGGAGAUUGCAGUCUGGACCAACCUGACGGAGGCACGAGUCCGGGUCUGGUUCAAAAACCGCAGGGCAAAAUGGAGGAAACGGGAGAGGAACCAACAAGCUGAACUGUGCAAGAACAGCUUCGGAGCCCAGUUCAAUGGACUGAUGCAGCCUUAUGACGACAUGUAUUCCAGCUAUUCCUACAACAACUGGGCCACCAAGGGGCUCGCCACCAGCCCGCUCUCAGCCAAGAGCUUCCCGUUCUUCAACUCCAUGAACGUCAGUCCCCUCUCCUCCCAGCCCAUGUUCUCCCCCCCCAGCUCCAUCGCCUCGAUGACCAUGCCUUCAUCCAUGGUCCCUUCCGCGGUGACCGGAGUACCGGCGUCCAGCCUCAACAACCUGGGAAACAUCAACAACCUGAACAGCCCGAGCCUCAACUCUGCUGUCUCCUCCAGUGCCUGUCCUUACGCCUCAACAGCCAGCCCCUACAUGUACAGGGACACGUGCAACUCUAGCCUGGCCAGCCUGCGGCUGAAGGCCAAGCAGCACGCUAACUUCACCUACCCGGCGGUGCAGACGGCAGCCUCCAACCUGAGCCCUUGCCAAUACGCCGUGGACAGGCCCGUAUGAAGGGCUGCCACUGCCAACCAGGGACUUGACCUUAGCCUGACAGAAGGAGACCUUUAGCCCCACAACAGCGUGCAUCCUACAGAGAAUGAGUGAACAGGAGAGAGCUAGAGAGAGCAAGAGGCGAGCAGGCAGACGGACCUUUAUGAAGAUUUGUCUAACUAUCGUAUGGUGAAUUUUGACUGUCUUUCCCCUCCCAACCCCCUUCCCCCCUUGCCCACCAAACCUCCUCCUUCGUGGUAAAGAAACCAAAACAGUCUACUGGGAGCCCCACAGGGAAACAGAAGCCCUGAUGUGCGGGGUGCCUGACCCACGGGCAGCAGAACCAAGCAUGUUUCCAUCUGCCCCUCCAAGCCCUGCAGCAGUGAGCUCCCCAAAUCCCAGGACAGCACGGGCAGCCACACGCCACCCCUGCAGGGAACAGCCAGGGACAGGACAAUGUGGGUGCUGCCAUUCGGUGCUUGGCCAACCCCUUCUCCCUGUGUGUGUGCAAGAUUUCAGUUAAAGGUGUCUUGCUCACUUAUUUAUCAUGCAGCCAGUAAGCUGGAAAGCCUUGUCUCAGUCAAUUGGCAUCUCUCCUUACAACACGUACACAUGCAUGGCCCUUCAGACUUGAAGUGUUUAGGAACUGGGAGUUGUAAGAAUAUACAAUAUGUGCCUGUGUGUAUAUAUAUCUCUAUAUCUACCAUAUAUAUACACAUAUACACACAAAUACAUAUAAAGACAUUAAAAAUAUGCUUUUUUGUUUUGUACAUGAAAUGACCUACAAAGUAGACCUUAAAACCAAAAACCCCGUCAAGCAAACAUAUCCGCUGCAGCGGCGUCCUGUCUGUCAUGCUUUACUGCUUCAGUCAUUUCCAGUCAGACAGGAACACCUUUGCCCGUGUGCAUCCAAAGCAUCCCCUUUUGCAACAAUCAGCACCCCCUUGCACAUCUCCUUCCCUUUCCCUUCUCCAAAUCCCAUUUCCAGAAAAGAUAAUAAAAUAAAA